CCACAGAGAGGGUGAAUGUGCCGCAGCAGUCCCCGGGAGCAAGUGGAGGCCAACGUCGGACAACAGCAGGGCGGGCAGGGGGCAGGGACAGCGCGUGCCCCUGCGUACAGCCCCUCGGCCAUAGCGGGCGCCAACGGACAAUCGGCGCGGUGUGCACGGAGCCCAGGGGCCCCUAGGAGACUGUGUUCGCGGGACGGCAGGCUGCGCACAGCCCGGCCAAGGAGACUCCGGGCGGUGCGACCUCCGCGGGGCGGGGAGCAAAGCCGGGGGCGGGGCCUUUGCGCCCGGACCGCCUCCUCCGCUUCUAAAGACGGCGCGGGCGCCCAGCUGCAGCACGCGCUCCUCCCGCCCGGGUGCCGCCAUCGCUUUGCCGCCUGCUUGGACCUCCCGCCUCACCUCAGCUCGGCUCGAAAUGGACCCCAACUGCUCCUGCUCCACUGGUGGCUCCUGCACCUGUGCUGGCUCCUGCAAAUGCAAAGAGUGCGCAUGCACCUCCUGCAAGAAGGCUGCAUCGGAGCAAUGCGGCUGCCGUGCCUGAUGUGGGAGAGAGCCCGCUGCCCGUGGAAAGAGAGCAGGCUUGACAAACCUGCCUUUGAGAGUCAGCAUACGAUCCUGGCCCUUUUCCUGUGAGCCCCGUGAAUGAUAAUAAAAGUGGUUGAUUUGAUUGUG